AUGCUUAUUGCAUCCAACAAAUCAAACAAUUUCAAUUUUCACCCUUUUUUGGUCCACUUCAAAGCGCAGUUGCAUUAGGCACAAAUAUGGCUAAAGCGCGCGCUCAUUUGCAAGAGUUGGCCCAUAUUUUGACGAGACGCGCGCGCGGUGUGGUAAUUAUAUGCCCCCGCGUUUGCACCGAAUUCGGGCCAGCUGUGCAGAGUAGACGGGCGAAAACGACACCAAGAGAAGAGCAGCCAGCAUCCACAUCCUUUCCUAGGAGCGAGCGAGCGAGCGCGGCGGAGAAAAUGCCGUAGGGAGCCGCGGGCCGGCCGCCGCGGCCGCCUACACCCGCAUGCCUUGCUCUCGCGGAGGAUCUCGCGGCUCGAGAGCCGUGUGUGCGUUGCGUGCAGUUGGGCGACUCCGCCCUGGCGCACCAGCCAAUCAACACUUGUCCUGCGUUUUUCCCUUUUCUUUCCUCGACGCGCGGCAGCUCCGUUUUCAUUCAUCUCGAGAAGAGGAGAUGCUCGGAUUUCCGACCGACGCGAGUCGCCGCGCGCACCACCACCAUAAACGCGGCACGAUUUUGGCCGAAAUUAGAUAAGUUCGCAGGCGGCGGGCACACAGAGAGCGCGCGCCAGCGGCCCUCUCUGCCAGCAUUGGGUUUAUAGUUACUACUAGAGCUUAAUUUAGCUCUGCACCGUAUUUGGGAAUCGCACUCUGUCCUACAGCCAGCCAGCCACCGAGCUCGGCCGUUUUUUUAUUUUAUUUUCCAACCCCGCGAGUAAGUGCGAGUGCGCGCCUUGUGUUUUGCGGUGACAGUGCAAAUGCAGCCUCCAGAGGGUUGAGCAGCCAGCCAGCCAGCCAGCCACCUCCGCCCCCGCCCCGACCAAGGGUUUUAUGCAUCAACCAGACGGCAAUGCGGAGACGAGCUUCAAAAACGGCGGUCUCGGCGCAGGGAUGAACAUCCCGGAUGCAAAGUCGGCUCCGGCUUUUGUGCAGAAGAGCUUCCAGAUCGGCGAUGGCAAUUUGUUCAGCGUGCUCACGCCGCCCUCGCAGCAACACGCCGCUGAAAAGAGGAGUAGACCGACUGCCAACAAAACGCAAACUAAAGGGAGAAGAAAGUGUAGGUGGAAGCUUAAAUUUCACCAUCAGGCCUUGCCGCCCGAAUACAGAGAGCAUUACGAAGCUUCAGAAGGAGUUCCGCACCCAUCCAAUUCAGCCGCUUACGAGCGAACGAAGAAGGAGGAGAAUGCGUCCUCAUCCUCAAAGCAAUCGACCAAGUCAAGCACUCCGUCGCCAAAGUCGACCAAGUCCACCGCCAGCAGCCGCUCCUCAGUCAUCAUGCCCUCCCUAGAGCCGUCUGCCAUGGAAAGACCCGCUCCCGAACUGCCGUACAUGGGCGAGAUCACUUUGGACUCGAAGCCCCGCCGCGGUCGCAAACCGAAGAAAGCGGACAUUUGCCACCUGAUCUACAAAAACUACGGCACAGUGUUUCCGUCGCCGAAAAUCGACGAGGACGUGCCGAUGGCGCCACCGGCUGCGAGUGCACCUCUGCAGAAGCCCAAACUGAUCUGGGCCAAGGACCCGCAGCAGCUGAUGGCCGCGCCGGCCAAGCCCCUGGGCCAGUGGACGUCGCAGCAGGCGAGUCUGCUCGAACGGCGGCUCAUGUCGAGCGAGCCCGAGCGACACCACCAGUUCACCGUGCCCACCAAUCAGAUCUGUGAUUUCUCGCUGAGCCGCAAGAAGAGCACGUCGUCGUCGUCGGUGCGCACGAGCUCGGACGGCGACGAGCUGCUGGACGCUGGCAUCGUCCGCAAUCCGCAACUAGCGCAGGCGUGCGUCGAGAGACUGCUCUCGUACGCGGCGGCCGGUUUCAACCCCCAGAAAGACCAGAUGGAGCCACUCAACCUGUGCACCAGGGACAGGAAGCCCGAGGACGGACUUUUGCUCAUGAGCAGUUCCAGCGAUUCGGACGACGAUGACAAGGCUUCGGACGGCUUCGUCUUCUGGCCGAACUCUGCGGGCGUCUUCGUCCACCCGCAGCUGCUGCGCAAAGCGGCGGCGGUAGCGUCGACGAGCCAGCCGCCGCAGCCACAGCCUCAGCCGCCGCAGAAGCUGCACCUGAGCGGCAACAAGAAGAAGCGGAAACGCUCGGCCAUCUUCAUCCCGCCGGCCGAGAGCCCCACCGAGGUCAGCAUCUGCAAGUUCAAGUUCACCGGUGGCGCCAAGCCGUCGCUCGAGGAGAAGAAGAUGCUGUCCGUGGACGCUGGAGGCAACUUCCGGUUCUACUCUGGCACAGACAAGGGCAUGCGCAGCUUCCUGCCGCACCUGCAGCAGCACAACUCGAAUGCCACGGCACCGCCGCCCCAUCCGUCGACCUCCGUGUCGCCGACCCAGGGCGUCAAGAACCUGCACAUUGCAGACCAGCCGCCGCCCCCGACGCCACCUGUUCCGAUGGCCAUGCCAAACUUCCUCAACCAGCAGAUGCACGACGAGCUGCUGAGCAAGAGGAAGCGGCGCUCCCGCAAGUCCGAGGUGCGCGAGAAGUUGGAGAAGACCUUUAAAGAGAAGGGCUUCCUCAUCCAGACGCAGCAGCUCGAGUCGGCUGAGGGCGCCACCUACUGCAAGUUCCGGCAGCUGAGGAAGUUCACGCGCUACCUGUUCCGUAGCUGGCGCGACUACCUGCCCGAGAACGUGCAGCAGCUGCCGAACGGCAGCCAGCUGGGCCAGAUGCCCCGCUUGCACGACUACGAGCAGGGCAACCCCGGUCCCCAGGAGGCCGUCCUCCUGCCGCACUCCCCCUGACGCCACCCUCAAAAUUGAAGUAGCACUGAAUGUGAUCAUUUUUGACAUUGUUAAUCGAAACCUGAGGAUCGAAUUCGGUUGAGCAGAUUCGACAGUUUGACACGAUGCCGAAAAUCGAAGGGAAACGUAAAAUCUGGCGGUUUUUGUUCUGAAACCUUAUCAAAAAUUGCCACAAAAAGGCUCUCUGAUUGGCUUCAUGACGUAUGUGGUGCUGUCAUCUCGCUCCCCCGUGGUAAUUUUUGCUAGAUUCACACCCAAAACCAUCAUAGGAAAGGUUUUUACGUUUUCAUCGAUUUUCGGCACGUCGUAUCGAAUUUUCAGCCGGAUUAUUCGGCUACCUGACCUAACUCGACCAUCAGAAAUCGAUUGGCACCAUCAAAUAAUGAAAUUCCAGUGCUACUUCAACUAGAAUAUACAGAGAGAGCUAUUUAUUAACGAAAAGAGAGAGUUGCACGUGUGCCUUUUCUAAAAAGUGACAAACAUGUUCCUGUUUUUACACAGAAUGAUGAUGCUCAAUCGAAAGUCAUAGAAAAGAUGAGAUAUUAUUAAUUAAUUUUCAUGCCGAUAUUGUGCUGUUUGAAGUGAGAAAAUCGAAAAAGAAUUUUGUAUACAAUCAUUAAAAUCACGUUGGCUGUGUUCCUUUUUACUACCUGUGUACCUAACGUCGAUGUAAGUGAGAGGGUUUAAUUGUUUAUUGACCCAAGAUUAAUCAAAAUAACAAAGUAACUCAUCAUCAUGUUGCAGUGAUAACAUUUCUAAGCUGUAAGUCCUGUGCCAAUAAAUUUGACGCUGUUUUUA